CGGAAACGGAGAUCGUCGAUGGUGGUCGUCCUCUUCACCUGACUCUUCCAUCUUUUCAAAUCUCGAUAUAAUUUACACCUGAAAUCAUCGUACAACGUCAGUGAUAGUCACUUCGUACACGCACAUACACACAUUUAAUAAUCUCACGUGAUGAGAGUCGAGAUGUAGAGCAAGUUCGAGGAAGUAACGAAAAAUGGUGGACAAAGAGGAAAUAACGAAGACACCCUCGCCCCUGAAUAUCAACGAGGCGAUCGAGGGGGACGCGUUGAAUCAAAAGACUGCUAGGAUACUUAAGAACGAUCUUCUAUUAUACGAGGCUGUGAUAAAAAAUGAAGCGGACACCGUUCGAAAAGUGCUCAAAGAGACUGUGGACGUCGAUUCCAGAAAUAACUAUGGACGAGCGCCAAUUCAUUGGGCAGCAUCGAGGGGAAAUACGGAGAUCAUCGAGAUGUUGAUACAAGCGAAAUGCGACAUCGAGGCGAGAGACAAGUUUGGCAUGCGUCCGUUACACAUGGCUGCGCGAUAUGGACACAGGGACGCUGUUAAAAUGUUAAUCAACGCUGGAGCAAAUGUGUCAGCGGUGAACAAGAAACAAUAUACUCUUUUAAUGUGUGCUGCUCGAGGCAACAACGUUCGCGUCGUCGAAUAUCUUGCAGAGGCUGUGGAAUCGUUGAACGGAGAUGCAACUGACUGCACCGGUGCAACUGCACUUCACCAUGCAGCUAGCGCCGGUCAUCCGAGUAUGAUAACCGCGCUUUCCAACGUGCCGAGAAUCGAGCUCAACGCGACUGAUAAAAAAGGCCAAACACCGAUACACUGCGCCUGUGCGGAAGAACACCUGGAAGCUGUGGAAGUUUUGAUAGCUCUAGGAGUGAACGUGGACGCUCAGGACUACGAGGGGAACACCCCUCUCCACGUGGCCACGAGAACGAGGCACACAGCCAUAGCUCAAUUAUUGUUAAGAGCCGGGGCGAACACCGAAUUGAUCGACGAAAUAGGUUUCACUCCCCUUCACGUGGCCGCCAGCCAGGGUUGCAAAGGGAUACUAGAGUCGAUGAUUCAACACGGUGCGGCGCUCAACAAACAGUGCAAGUAUGGGAACACGCCUUUGCACUUGGCCUGUCAAAACAACGAAGUAGAAACGGUUGAGAUACUGAUCAAUAAAGGCGUCGAUCUAAAUUGUUUAAAUUCGAGGUUACAAUCACCCUUCCAUAUCGCGACGGAAAUAGGGCACAACGACAUUUGCAAGCUGUUGCUAGCAGCAGGCGCAAACAUCGAGCAAAGAGAUCAGAGCGGAAAGACGCCACUUUACAUCGCGGCGAGGGGCAGUUUCACGGCCAUCGUCGACAUGAUAAUUAAAACAGCGAGAUUGGAUUAUCCCACGCCGGAGGAUUCGACGUCUGACAAAGAAAUUCGAGACUUGACACCGGCUAGAAGAAGAUGGCGAGAGGGAUCGAGGGGUGAAAGUAUCUCGAGUAACAAUAGCGUACUUUCGGAGCAUAUACGAUCGAUUCUGUGGAAAUUGGCGUACAAACAAUUAGGGCCUGAGGAUUGGAAGAAAUUGGCGUCGCACUGGGCGUUUACGAACGAUCAGAUUCGGGCGAUCGAGCAUCAGUAUACGGCUCCCCUUAUAGGUCCUUCGAGUUACAAAGAGCACGGUUUCCGGAUGCUGAUGAUCUGGGCAUCAGGAUUGAAUCCUGAAAUCUCUGUAGGGAGAGAGCUUUGCGACGCUUUGUCCGCGGUGGAUAAAAAAUCUGUUGCUGAAUCCGUUCGUAAGCACAUGGAUCAAGAAAAAGAUGGGAAAACGAAGUUAAAUAAACGAUGUCAUAAAUGUUCCAUCACUUAAGAAUAACGAUUAACGAUUCCAUUCGAGUCGAAAUGAAAUUACGAAGAAAAAAAAAAACUUGGAAAAAUUUUCAGUAGAUAAUUUUAGAGAAAUCUCGCGACAUAUCUGUAGAGACGCUGAUAUUAUCUUUUUUACAAUACGUUUCAACAUAGACUCGCGUAAAAAUAUCAAUUAAAUUCGAGGAGAAAUUUUGAAACGAGUAUAAUUACAAAUCAACGAAAGCUUUUCACAUAUCGCGAAAAUUUGAUUUAAAUAUCUUUGAAUUAAAAUCAUCGUGCAAACGUACAAAUUUUGAAAUCUGAAUAUUUUAAUCUCUUUCUAUAUAUUUUUGAAGAAUUCCAAUCUUCGUUCGGGAACGUUGCAAUUUUUAUUCUUAUUCGUUAGUUUAAAAAAAGAAAAAAAAAAAAGAUAAUCGACGUUUGAAGCCGUCCGAUUUCACUUUAUCUUUUAUUGAAUACUCAUCUUGUUAUUGAAAAACCAUACGAUAUUAUUCAAAUUUGAACUGUAAAUAUACAAAUAUAAUACGUAUCACGAGUUGGAAUAAAUGCGAAAAAAAAAAAAAA